AGUGGGACAUUCAAUCCUCGGUUUACAUAUUCUUGUCUUUGCUUUCGAUAGCAUUUAUACAACACCUACCAUUCUUCGACUGCUUGAAAACACACGCAUCUCUCCGUGCGUUAAGCUAAUCCCGAGUACAUUAUAUAUUUUCUUUGCCUGUCUUCCUUCCCUUUCGUUCCCUCUGUUGCCAUUAUAUUUGUUCCGUGUUCGAUCUGAACAGUUAAAUCCCCCCCCCCUCUUUAUAAAACGAAAGGAAAGAACAUAAACAAAGCUUUAUUUAUUUUAUCGCGUAAAAGUGUUAACACGCUCCUUUCUUUAUAUUCAUUUUAUAUCCUGCUGAUAUCUCAUCGUCUCCGACAACUCCCAUCAUACCCACCCACACACCCACCCACACACACACCCACACACACAUACACCCACACGAGAGGGAGAGGAAAAGAAAGGAGGGAAACAAAUGCUCAAUUCGUUUCGCUGAAUCUUCUUCUUUCUGCUUCUUUGCUUUCUUUGUGACGGUAUUAUUAUUAUUAUUAUUAUUAUUAUUAUUAUUAUUAUUAUUAUUAUUAUAUAUAUUUAUAUUUCACUCUUGCGCAAGUCGACGCCGUCGGCGGCCACUCACACGUUUGCAUACGAAUUCUUCGAAGUACCGUAAGCUACUCCCUUCGGGGGCUCCUCAUAUAUACUAUACAUCUUAUACCGCCCUUCGCAGCGACGCAACAUCAGAAAAAGAUGGACUACACACGCCAGUUCGACUCCCCUCACAAAGGCGCGGCAGCGGAGAAGAACGCAUUUGCCAACGCGGGGGUCCAACGCACACCUCUGCCACCGCCACCUCAGUACGCCGGUGCGGCGGCACGUGAGCCCAUGUUCACGGCAGAGGUGAACCCCCUCCACGUCUCGCGUUAUGCGAAGGAGACAGAGGAGUCGCUCCGCGACCCCUCUCCCCUCUAUCCGCCUCCCGUCCAGCGGACUCGUUGCCGCACCGCUGGCGUCAUGAUCUGCCGCGUUGUAGUCGCGCUUCUCGCUGCGGCGAUAGUUGUCUUCACAAUUGUCGGUCAACUUCUGCCAUUUUGCAUGUACAGUGAGCGGGGCGAGAGGGAUGAGAAGUACUCCGUGUGGCAAGAGAUACGGCCACCAUCGACGCGGUCGGCAUGGUGGAGAAACUCCCGUACGAGAACUUCGGACCGCGAAGACAACAUCGCAGAGAAGGUGUUUGCCGUCCUGUCCGCCGCCCUCAGCCUCGUGGCGUGCGCUUUGUGUUUCGCCUUUGUGGGGCUCUGGGCGCGGCAUGAGCAGAGGCGGCAGCGCGAGGCAGACGCCUACACGCAGGCGCAGCGGUGUGCCGAGGAGGAAGAGAUGCAGGAGCGCCGCGACGGGCAACACGGCAGCAGCGCGGACCGCCCCAGCCAUCGCCGUCCGCGCCACAACGAAGUUGCCGCCGCGGGCUCUGCUCCAUCGGACUCACCCACCACGGCGAACCCCCGUACCUUUGGGGCAACGGAGAAGAUGUAUGAGCGGGAGCGGCAGCGUCGUCGCGUCGACCACAGCGUGGGCACUGCUGCCUUCGUCUUCCUCCUUGUCGCAGCGGUGGCCGCCCUUGUGACGGUGGCCCUCAUGGCCGACUUUUACACAGAAGAGGUGGCGGACGAGGUGGAGCACCCGCGGUGGGAGUCGGCGAGCUACCUGGCAGGCUUCGGCCUCUUUAUCGCCGCCCUCGCCAGUGGAGUGGUGGCGUCUGCGCUGUUGGCGCUGCCGUGCCUGACGGAGUUGUACCUCUGCUGCGACCCGCAGGUGCGGACGCCGGUGCCUUUGUCGCCCGAGAUGGACUCGGCAGCGGCGGAAGGACAACAAACGCCUCUCUCGCCUCUGCCGCCGCCUCCCGCGACGCAGCCGGCUGGAUCGCGAAGCGGAAAAUACGCAAACCCGGACCACCACCACUACCACGACGGCGCCGCGGCUCGCACGGGUGGGCCUUCGGCUUCUGCGCCGGCCCCGUCAGAAACGCAGGUGCAUCGCGCUACGCCUCACGGCCCGCCGCCGCAGCCCUAUGUGCCGACGGUGGUGGGGACCUACCCGGAGGCCCUGCCCGGCCCCGCCUCGAUGGAGCACGUCACGCUGCACCGCAUCCCGCGAGUAGGCGAUGUGGACGGCACGACGGCGUUCCCCGCAACGCAGGCGGCAUGGCGUAGCAGCGACCCCCCUUCCGCGUACCUAACCGGCGGCGCACCGGCAGCGACGGACGAGGACAGGGACGAUUCAUAA